AUGAGACCCAUAGAUUUUUGCUGUUCAGCAGAAGACUUCGAUCCUCUGAUGAAAUACGAUCAACGUAACCCACCUUACACGUCAUCGUUGACCGCAAUAGAUUCAUUGCAAGAAUCUCCAGCAAUAAAAUUACGCACUCAAUACAUCAAUCAUUUGGAUACAAAGAAACUAAUAACAAAGAGUAAAGAUACACAAUACGUUGGAAUAAAUUCUGAAGAUUUUUCUAUUUCUUCUAUCAAUGGACCAAUCCAAUGGUACAUAGAAGACGAAUUAGAAUUAGCCAAAGAUAUUUUAUGGGAAGAUAGAUUACGAAAAAACGAAGAAGAGACGAGAGAGAAUAUUCGUAUUGGAAAAGCAAAUGUGAAAGCUGAGUUGAAACAAUUGAAGGACGUUGCUGGACCUCGAUGGUAUCAAGAUUUUUCUAUAGAUCAGAUGAAAAAUCUUAUGAUGUUGGAGGAUGUGAUAAUGACUGAUUAUAAACAAAUGGAUACUGGUCGUACGCAAAAAACACUCAUGGCCAUGGGAAUUGUAUCCACAUUUUUUAAAAUUCAUCCAAAAACAAUUAGAAGAAUGCAACGAUCGUGCGAUUUCAAGGCUAUUGAUUUUCUCAGAGAAAUUUAUAGAUUACUUACCGGAAAUUAUUUCGAACAAGAAGGCUAUAAGAAAACUUACGAUUGCAACGAAAGAAUCAUUUUAUCAGCCAUUGCUUUUUUGACAUUACCCGAAAUCAUUAUCGAGUUAGAUAAAAGAUUACCUGCCAUUGUUAUUCCCAAAUUUCCACCAAAACCUAAACCAAUGAUGAUUAUGCCAAGAAAAAAAGCAAGCUCACCGUACAAGGAAGAACUCUUUACGCGUCCUGAUUGGGUAACAUAUAUGACUCGUUUACAACAGUGGCGAAAUUAUUGUAAAUCGUUACCAAUACGAAAAGUUAUCCUACCGGAUGAAAAUUGUCCGAUAUUUACUUAUAAAGAAAAUUUACAAAAUGUUCAUAUAAAUAAUGUUAUCGUUAAAAACGAUUUAUCGAUAGCUUUAAAUGAUUCCAAAGAUAAUAUAAAAAAACAUAAAAGUUCAUCAAAACGUGAUGAAAGAUUAACAAAAGCUAACAAUAAUUUGACAUUUAAAGAAAAUAAUAAUAAAAAAAAACCUAACAAUGACAUUUCCAAAUUACCCGAUGAUAGUCAAAUUUUUGAUUUCACGCUUUCCGGAUUGAGCGAAAAUCAAAAUGGUCCAGUGAAAUACAAGAUUUGCGGUACAACAACGUUAGAGCAAAUAUGUGAUGAACGUUUUUUUUUUUUUAAUAAAAACUUUCAGGAUUAUUUUCUUUUCGUUUUUAAUUUUAUUUUCUUUUUUUAACCAUAUAAAGGAACACUUAAUCCACCUAAAGAUAAUAAAAAAUCAUGGCUGGGAGAAAAGGAUGCGCAUUUUGUUAUCAGUGGAGUCUCGGAUGAUCCACCGGAGUGUCCCGUUUCUUACGAAAUGACAGGAAUUGCCAAUGUUACACCAACGAACAGCGAUGAAAGAUUUUUCAGUGUGUUGAAACUUGGUGAUGGACCUAAUAAAAUAUAUCCCAGUGGUAGAAAAAAUCUAUCGAAAAAUUGGCAAGAAUGGUUGCAAAAUGCGGACGAGGAAUUUAUAAAAGUUGAAAAGGAAGCAAAUAAAAUAUUAAAAAGCGUCGAGGCUACCAUGAGACUCGUAUUUCCAGGACCGAUUUGUGACAAUUGUUGUUCAUGUAGACAAACCAGAAAAACUGAUAUUAUGCAAAAGGAAACUAAAACACCUUUCAUGGUCAUCGAUGCUUUAACCGAAGAUGAACGAAAACAAAAAUAUAUCGUUGGAUCUAUGGCGUUACAUUCGCCAGCUCCAUCACCUCAUCAAUCAACGGUGAAUUUAAUUGAGAUGAUUGCUUCAGAGGACAAAAUAACUACGAACGUUGUUAUAAAUGGUGUCACUACAGAUAAAGGCGAGAAAAAAUAUUACAUAACCGGUAUGAAUAAUGAAACAAUUCAUAUUCCUUCGAGAAGAGUGGAAACACCACCACCAUUGCCAAGGAAAAAUAUUCCACCGUGUUCUUGUGCCAUACAACAAAUGUUCAAUCAAGGUGUGACACCAAGAUUGAGUACCGAUAACAUACCAUGGACAAAGGACGAAGGUUUAUGUUUUGGAAAGAAGUAUAGACCAGAUACAGUGGCAGCUUAUUCUUGUAAAGCGUAUCCUGGAGAUAAAUCGUGCAGAUUGAAUCCUUUCUUAAAGGAAAUUGUUAAAUUACAAAUGAAAAAGAAAGAUAAGACAAAUAUUCAAGAUAAUUAUAAUACUAAGAGGAAAAAAAAAAGGAUGUAUAGCAUAGCUAAUUUUCAACCUUGCGGGGAUGAACAUGGUAUGAGUGUUUGUGGUGGUCCAUGGGGCACACGUAAUAUUUUAUCUCCUAAAGAAUUGGAAGAAUUGGAAAGACAACGAAAAGAAAUCUUGAAGGGCCCACCCUGUGGAAUAAGACCUGGACGUGCUGUUUGCGAAGGACCGUUUGGUGAAAGAAUACCACAGCCAAAAGAAACCAAAGAUGAGGAUGAAGAGGAUGAGGAAGAAGAAGAAGAAGAAGAAGAAGAAAAAGAAGAUGUAAUAAAACAGCAAACUGUUCCAAUGAAAAAAGAAAAAAUCUUUAAACGUGAUAAACUUUGUCAUGCUAGUCCAGAAACGAUAGCAACAAAGAAAAAGAUUGUUAAAGAAAAAGUUACCAAAUUUAUACCAGAUCCGGAUUAUCAUGGUUACGAUGAUUCAUGGAAUAUUUUUCGUACUGCACCGUCAGUUAAAGAAACUAUUACGGAAUAUGAACAAACUUUGAAACUUUCGAAACCUAAACCACGAUUGGAUUCAUCUCAACCGAUUCGUGAAGUUUUGAAGAAGAGAAAGAAGAGAAAGAGUAGUAGUGAUAGUAAAGAAUCCGAAAGUUUCAAAUCUUUAUCGAUAAUUCCUAAAGAAAUUUCAUCAAAAACUAUUGACGAUGAACAACAAAUUACACAUACAAAAGUACGUUCGGAUAAAAUUAAGAAAGAAAAGAAGAGUACGAAAAAGAUGAAGGAUAUUAAAAAGAAACAAACGUUUUCUGCUAAGUUGAAGAAAAAUUUGCGAAGAAAGAGAACGGCAAGUACUUCGUCAAAAGGAAGUAGAAGAGGAGGAAGAAGAAGAAAAAGAAGUAGAACAAAUUCUUUUUCGAGGAAAGGAAUUUUAAGAACGAAAGAUAAAAUUAAAAGUAUUAAUAAUAUCGACCAAAGUGUACAAAAUACAAAAGAAAUUGUAAAAAAGAAAGAGAAGAACAAAAGGUUGUCGAAAAUGUCUAAAGUAUUUACCACAAACGAUGGUAAUUCAAAAUGGCAUAAAAAGGAAAUUAAUAACAAUAAAAAGAAAUUGAAAACUGAACUAGGAUCUCAUCCUACUACGAACGAAUUCAAAACGUCCUUGAAAAAUAAUUCAAUGAACAGACCUCACGAUGAAAAGUCAAAGAAAAAAGAAAACAACAAUACAUUUUCGUUUAAUUUGAAAAAUGAAAAUAAAAAAAAGAGUUCAGCAAAAUUUACAAAAGCCUCGAAAGUUGGCGAAGUAAAAAAAUACCAUAAAAAAAAGUCAGUAAAAGAUGACAAAGUUAUCCUUAAACCGGAAGAUAUCAAGCAAGAAAUGAAAAAAUUGAAGACCAUGAUGAUGUCACCUGACACAUAUCCUCAUAAUGUAGAACCAGUUAUCCUUCCUUCAGAACCAUCAUCUUCUUGUAAACACGAAUACAGUGAAUCUUUGGAAAAACAAUCGAAAGAUUCAGCUUCUGAAGAAAUUGUUAGUUCAGUAAAGAUAUCAAAAAAAGGUCCUUGUGGUUGGAGGACCGAAUCAGAACAAGAAUUGCCUGUUAAAAAGACUUUAGCUUAUUUGGUAGAUCCAGAUCCACCUAUUGAGAUGAUUCCUGUCAAAAAAAAUGGAAAAGCUUGUGUUUGUCGAGAAAAUAGAAAUAAGAAAAAGAUUUUAAUGUAUCAGAUUGGUGGAUCAAUUGGAAAAAAAAAAAUUGAAUUGAAGAAACUCGAUAAAAUUGCUACGAAAAAGAAAGAAAAUAAGGAAGAACGUGACGAUAUUAAAGUAAUAGAUGGUGUUAUUUAUUAUACACCACCACCAAGUCGAAGAAGAAGCGACGAAUAUGUUCCCGAAUACGAUCUUUAUGAGUCACCUUAUGAAAAAUGUGUUGAUCAACGCAAGGAUAGUUUUAUUAAUCUCCUAGAAAAAUACACGACACCUCGAGACGUUAUGUCAAAGAUACGAGAUAAUGUCAAACCUUGCGAAUGCAGUGGUUAUCUGGAUACUUAUGGUAUAAUAGGUGAACAUGCAGAAAUAGAAGAAUCCAAAAGAUUACUGAAGGAAAGAGAAAAAUUGAUGGAAUCUAAAUUACCAAAGGAACGAUGGGCUUUAGCUUUGAAGGAUAAGGGUCUGAUGGAUUAUUACGCUGGUUGUAAACAUAAAGUACCAUGUUGGACGAAAUGUGCUAAAUUCAAUAAAUAUAUCUGUCCUUUGAAACCACGAAGAUUAAUCGUGAAGAAGCCUGUUUGCGAGUGUAAAUACGAGAGAAAGAUAAUUGAACGUAAGGAAGAAAGGAUAAAAUGGAAGGAACGUGAAAAAAAAUUAAAAAGUUUUAAAAAGAACGUUUACACGAACGUACAAAAUAUUUCAAGACCUAUGAAAGCUGAUACGAAAUUGAUUAUAUCUGACGUUAAAAGAAUUCCUCGAGAUGAUGAGUACAUUGACGAUGUACAAUAUUGUAUAUCAGGUGUAGCAGAAAAUUAUUCUAUGGGUCCACCAACAACAGUUAUCGAAGGUUUAAAUAUGGGAACACCUUUGCAUACACCAGAACCGAGUAAAGAAAAGAUACCGUGUGUUUGUUUGCAUAGUCAUUGGUCACCGACAAAUAUACCACCUGGACCAUUACCUAAAAAAGAACAUGCCUUGAUAGAACAAGAAAAACGUAGAAAAGAAUACUUGGAAAAGGCAGCACGAAUAAUUUAUAGGCCACACGAUGAAGGAAAUAACUCUGAGGAUUGGUAUCGCAGUUGUAAAGCAAAAUGUGAACCUGUUAAAAUGCAUACUGGCAAACGAAAAACAAAUAAUAAAGUGAUGGAAGAGAAAAAUGAAAAUAAUCAAUUGAUCAAUUCGGUAAAACCUGAUACACAAAAAUCUUUAGAUGAACAGAAAACUUUAACUCAUAAUAAAAAUGGGAUCGAUAAAAAUGUAGAAGUACGAACAAAUAAUAAUACAAAUUUAAAUCAAGAUAAAACUAUGAUAACAGAGAAAAAGAUGCACAAAGAGACGAAGAAAAAUGAAAAAGUUGUAUCGAUAAAAAGAAAUUCAACAGAACAAGAAGAUCGUCAAGAUAAAGAUAUUAAUGUUGCAGAUGUUAAUUUGGAGAAUUUGAUAAAAAAAGAAUUGAAAAAAAUGGCCACGGAGGGAUUUCUUUUUGCAAAGCUACCAAAAUGUCAUAGAAUGCAACAAAUUCAAAAUUGGAUUAUGUAUAGGAAAGGAUUCGUUUUCAACGACGAAGAGACAGAUAAAUUAUUGAGAUUAUCGUACGUAUUUUGGGGAAUGGCUGAUGUGGCCAAAUCACCACAAAUUGUAAUACCCUCCUUGGAUAUGUCCAAAAAAGAAAUUCAUGAAUUAACUUUCGAUCGUGCUGAAGAAAUGAAGAACAAAAUCGCUAUGAAAAACGCCAUAUACUACAGUCAAAUGAGAAAAAUACGUGUGUUAUAUAGCAGGUAUAUGUGGAAUACCAUGGAAUUUAGAAGAUAUCCAUCUUUGUCAUUCAAAAAAGCUUUCUUUACUUAUAUGCCUACAAAGGAAGCCGAUGGUCAUGUUUUUAAACCUUGGAUGACUAAUGAAGUUCGUGAAAAAAAUUAGGGUUUUUUUCGAUCGCAUUAAAUUUCGUCAGUAAUCCAUACUCUUCACAAAAUAUUCCCGUUUAAUCAAAGUUAUCGUAUAUAUUACAUUCAAAUCGUCACUCAAUUUUUUGGAUAACUCAAUAUUUAAUGAUAAUUAUGAACAAAAAGAAAUCUGAGAAGAAGAAAUAAAAAUAACACCUUAUAUAAUU